GUGGGUGACAUCACGCUGCAAAGCCCUAAGUCGCUUCUUCGAAGCCUCGCACCGUCUCAGUUACCGCGGGUUCUGAAUAUUUGGCAGGACCUCGGGGCGCCUGUUGGGGCGUCAGUCCCUUCUAGUGAGAGAAUGGACUUGGUUCAGGAGCCCGGAAGGCGGGCCGUGAGCCAUGAAAGGUGUAAGCAAGUGUCAUUCUUCUCUUGCAGCUGUUUGCAGACAAGGUUCCAAAGACGGCAGAAAACUUCCGUGCUCUGACCACCGGGGAGAAGGGAUUUGGUUAUAAAGGUUCCUGCUUUCACAGAAUUAUUCCGGGAUUUAUGUGCCAGGGUGGUGACUUCACACGCCACAAUGGCACAGGCGGCAAGUCCAUCUAUGGGGAGAAAUUUGAGGAUGAGAACUUUGUCCUGAAACAUACAGGUCCUGGCAUCUUGUCCAUGGCAAAUGCCGGACCGAACACAAACGGGUCCCAGUUUUUCAUCUGCACGGCCAAGACUGAGUGGUUGGAUGGCAAGCAUGUGGUCUUUGGCCAGGUGAAGGAAGGCAUGGAUAUUGUGACAGCCAUGGAGCGCUAUGGGUCCAGGAAUGGCAAGACCAGCAAGAAGAUCACCAUUGCUGACUGUGGGCAACUCUAAUAAAUUUGACUUGUGUUUUAUCUUAA